GCCGCCAACAACUUUGAAAUCAAGCCCUCUCUCGUGACGAUGAUUCAAAACAACGCCUAUUCCACGGGCUUGCCAAUGAAUCACCGCGAGAGCAUGUUCAAAGUUUUCUUGAGCUUGCGGGAAGCCUGAAGGUAAAUGGCGUCCCCGAGGUGGCAUUGAAACUGAGGUGAUUCCCCUAUUCUUUGGCGGGGAAGGCGCUCUGAUGGCUCAACAACCGUCUGGAUCGAUCCAUCACCUCUUGGGACGACUUACUCAACAAGUUCAUGACCCGAUUUUUCCUCCUUCCAAGACGGCCGAGUGGAGGAUGAAAAUCACUCACUUUGAGCAAGAGGAAGAUGAGUCUUUGAGGGAUGCAUGGGAAAGAUUCUCUGACUACUUCCUUCAAUGCCCUCACCAUGGAUUUGAGGAGAAAUUUCAGAUAGAGACUUUCUAUGGAGGUCUCAUUCAAGAUGACAAGAUUCUCAUCGACUCUCUUUUCCAAGGGAGGUUGAUGAACAUUGCCCCACCUCAAGUGACCGGGUUGCUCAAAGAUAUGGCUCUCAAAGGAUAUGAUUGGGGCUUGACAAGAAGUGGUAAGAGAAGCACCAAAAGAGGAGUGCGAAGUGUGGGAGUAAGUGCUCCACUUGAAGCAAAGUUUGACAAGUUGAUCAAGGUGAUCCUUAAGGACAAGAAGCAAGGGAAGAGAGUGGUGAUAUCAUGUGAUUUGUGUUCGAGCACUAAUAAUGAAACUGUGAAUUAACAAGCAAUGAAGGAGACAAGUACCC